AUGGAUCAGCACCAGUUUUUCGAGGUCCCUAAAGGCCUUGAAGCCAUCCCAGCCCAUAUGUCUGCAGCGCUGCAGGAAAUGCGCUUGGUCACCGAGGAGCUUCGCAUUCAAGGAUGUCCUCACGAAGCCAACCAAAUGGGCAGACUGUGCCUUGAGUUCAUCAACCGAUUCCAUGAUGCUUUGGAUCGUAUCAGAGGACUUGUCGCUGUCUCACAGAAUGCCCAGCCCAUCCCUGGCAUGUAUCCUCUCCCUAGCAUCGCCGGGGGACGCAUUCUGGAGACCAUGAACGAGCAGUCAAGUGAGAUGAGACGUGAGCAAGGCCAUCCAGAGCCCGCUGAAGAUGACCAAGGCCAACAAGAGUCACCUCAUCUGCCAGUGCCUACUGCAGCACCCACGCAAGUGCCUGUAGCUGAAGCGAGUUGGGCUCAUAUCGCUUCGGCCUCAGUUCGGCGUCAGGUUUCCGAACAACCCGCCUCUCGCGCGAACCGAGGAGGCAGACACAACGCAGGACAUUCCGUGACGAUGCGUACUGCCAGCCGUCGCGCCACAGUACUUGUUGCUGAAGGGUCCUCCAGCGGUGCUGCAAGCCAUGAAAAUGACCGAAACGGUAAUGGUAUCCUUGAAGAUGGCAAGGCAGGAGUUGUGGUGGUGAAAGGGCCAAUCGAGACCAUUAAGAAUAUCUUCAGUUACAUCUCUGCACGCAUUCAUGAAGGUGCAAUUUAUGACAUGUCCAUGAACAAGGAUCAGGAGAUCGUUGUCAUCUUCCAGUAUGCCCUGCACGCGCAGAUCUUCGUUGAUCGUAACACUGAGUCAGUGGCCACUCGCGGGGAGUCUGUUUUCGGUCUAGGAGAUUGGAGUGUUACCCUCAGCAAGCCGAUGGACUGGACUGAUACACUUCGACGCAUGGCCCACCCUCAUCGUGAACGCCGCCGCCUCACUUUCGUCAAGUCGCGCCUCUUCGCAGACAACAUCAGCUUCCUGAAGUGGGUUCGUGAAGUGCAAGAUGUUGCAGGUGCUGCCAAUGUCGACUUUGUUUGGGCAUUCAAUACUGGAAACGCUACCGCCGUUUUCUUCAGUGUGGCGAUUGCCCGUAAGGUAAUGCAGACCUUUUCCCACUGGCGCGCCAAUCGUGGCUGCUAUGAGGAUUUGAUCGUGUCGUACUCGUCCGAUCCAUGCGAGAAAGACUUGCAGCUUACUACUCAGCUUCGCUACCAUAUGCAGCCUGCCCACCGCCAUUUCGAGAAGCUGCCUCCAAAUGAAAAUGGUGGUCGCCAUCGCUACUACCAAGGCAGGAAGUAG